UCUCUUUUUCUCUCUUCUUUCUUUCUCUCUCCUCUCCUCUCUCCCUUCAUCUCCUCUCUCCCUGUUUAUCUUUCUUUCUCUUUCUCUCUCAACCACUGUUUCUCUUUCUUUCUUUUCUUUCUUUCUUUCUCUCUCCCCCCUCUCCCCCUCUCCUCUCUCCUCUCCCCCCUCUCCCCCUCCCUGCCACCCUCUCUCUCUGUCUCUCCUCCUCUCUUCUCUCCUCUCCUCCUCUCCUCUCUCUCUCCUUUCUUUUUCUUUCUCUCUCCUCUCCUCUUUCUUUCUCUCCUCUCCCCCUCUCCUCUCCUCUCCCCUCUCCUCUCCCCCUCUCCUCUCUCCCCUCUCUCCCCCUCCCUGCCACCCUCUCUCUCUCUGUCUCUCCUCUCCUCUCCCCCUCUCCUCUCCUCCUCUCCUCUCCCCUCUCUCUCUCUUCUCCAGGUGUGUAGAGCCGGGGGUUGGGGGUUCCCUCCCCCCUGCUCCUCAGAUUCCGUCACCACGGCGACUACUUUCAGGACACUUCUAGGGACUUGCUUUUCGUGUCAGCGGCUGUGCGGCGUGUGCACCGCGCCCCAAACCCCGCAGCCCCCCCCCGCCAACCCCCCCGACCCCGACCGCGAUCGCACCCGUCGACACCCGUCCGGCGUCCUCGGCAGCGCUCGUCACGCUGCCCACGGCAACCAGCGCCGCAGCGGCUGCCAUGGCGGUGCUAACCUGGGCAACAGCAGCAGCGCCGCAGCGCCCUCUGGCGGCUCGUUGGUGGAACAGCAGGGCUCCUCCAGCCAGCACAGCAACCGGACUUUCCGGUCGUAUCUGCCGGCUGGUGUUCGGACCUACAGCUGCGUGCACUGCCGGGCACACUUAGCUGACCACCAGCACCUCAUUUCAAAGUCUUUCCAAGGAAGUCAAGGCAGAGCGUACCUGUUUGAAUCAGUGGUGAAUGUGGGGUGCGGCCCGGCAGAGGAGAGGGUGCUCUUGACAGGUCUGCAUGCCGUCGCUGACAUCUACUGUGAGAACUGCAAGACCACGCUGGGCUGGAAAUACGAACACGCUUUUGAAAUGACCCAGAAAUACAAGGAAGGCAAAUAUAUAAUCGAGCUGGCACACAUGCUGAAGGAAAACUACUGGGACUGAAACAGACUGCAACAUCAACAGCUUCAAACAGGACUGCUGUCUGUCCUCCUCACUAGACUAACAGCACGGUCCUGUCCACCGCCCUGUCCCUGUCUCUCAUGGGACAGGACUAGUGUCUGUCCCCCUCACUAAACUAACAUACCUGCUGUCCAGUCGACACACGUCUUGUAUCAUAAAAUUAAUAUCACUUAACAUUUAC